AUGUCGACGGCCUACACAAAGCAGAAGCUCAAACAGUCCCGCGACGCCAUCGCACAAAAGGACUGGCAGGCCGCACUGCAAGCCGCAAACCACGUCCUCGAGCACGAACCCAACAACUACAACGCAAACGUCUUCCUCGGACUCGCUUCCCUCAACCUCGAACAGUACACCCAGUCCGAGACCGCGUACAACAGGGCAACGUCGGAUCAUCCAGACCAGCCGCUAGCAUGGCAGGGCCUCGAACGCUUCUACAACCACACCCGCAAAUGGGACCAGCUCCGCCACGUCCUCGUCAAACUCAUCCAGCUCCACGAUCGCGCAAACGACCCAACAAGAUGCGCAGAGGCAUGGCAGCGCCUCGUCCGCCUCGAGAGAGAGGAAGGCGGCAGGAAAUCCCUCGCAGAUGCUCUCCAGCUCGUCCUCCCCGACUCGCAAUACUACCCCACCCUCUCCUCGCUCGACCCGCCAGACCAGACCCAGCCGGAGAGCACCACCACCUUUGACACCCAGAUGGCCGUACACGUAAACAGCCUCGACAUCCUCGUCGAAAUCGUACACCUCAUAGAGAAGCUCGAGGCCGACACUGUCGAAAAAGAGACGGAAAAGCGGCGCAUGCGCAUCGAGGGCGCCAGGCUCGGCAAAGAGGCGCUGCGCAACCAGGUCAUCGUCGACGUCUGCGCCGACUCGAAGCUGCCCUCGCUCUACGAACAGGUCCUCUCGCACCCAAACGCUCCCGACGACCUCCGCAGGGAAACCGAGUCCAAGCUGCUCCGCCGCCACCUGCAGCUCCUCCGCGCCUACCCCUCGUCGGCUGCCACAAGGCUGGCCGGCCCGUCCGGCACCGCCGCCGUCAACGCCGAAAAGGUCGCAGAGCAGCAGCAGCGUGACCUGGAGCUACGCGAAAAGAAGCAUGCCCUCCGCGACGCCGUCGUCCGCAUGGCCGAGGGCAUCGUCAUCAUCGGCCUCGACGACGAGCUCGCCUGGGAAAUCGUCCUCGAGUGGUCCGACACCGGCUCCCUCGUCGACCUGCCCCUCGAGCGCCUGCGCAAGUUUAUCACCCUCUUCCCGCGCUCCGGCAGGUCCAAGUCGUUCCAGGUCCUGCUCCUCCUGCUGCAGGACGAGCAGUUCCUCGUAGAGCGCGACGAGCUCGAGAAGCGCCACGACGUCGAAGUCGACCGCUCCCGCGACGCGGAUCUCCUCGGCCUCGCCAUCGAGGGGCUCGAAGACUCGCCGAGCUCGUUGCUGGCAUCGCGCAUCGCCGCCGUCCUCUACCUCCUUGACCGCGACCACGCGUCGGCCUCCGAGGUGGCCACCGGUGCCCUCGGCCUCGCGCGUCGCAUCGAAUCCGACGCCGGCGUCACAUUGACGGGCGCAAAGUUUGGCAUCUCCAGCGUUCUACUCACCGCCCUCACCCACCUCCAUCCUCCGCAGAACCACGCCAAGGCGAUCCGCCUGGCCGACUCCAUCCUCGCAAACGAACCCUCUGAUCUCGAUGCGCUCCUCGCCCGCGCCUACAUCGACCAGGCGGCCUCGCGCUGGCAAGAGGCCAGGGCUCACCUGGAGACCGUCCGCCAGCUGGCAUCCGGCCUCGACUCCUCGACACGGACGCAAAACGAGCGACGCCUGUCCAUCUCCCGCGACCCGGGCCUCGAGGCGUGGAUCGAGACGGCGUGGUGCGACGUCCACCUUGGCCGACUCGAAGAGGCCAAGGUCGAGAUGGAGCAGAUCCUCGAACAGGUCGAUCCCGUCGCCUUUGAGGGCGUCGGCAGCGAGGAGCGCGCAAAGAUCUGGUGGCGCCUCGGCCGCUGCCACUGGGACAUGGGCGGCGAGCACCGCACCGACCCCGCCAACGCCUUCACGUGCUUCAUCACGGCGCUCAAGCGCAACCCGGCGUUUGCGCCCGCCUACACCUCGCUCGGGCUCUACUACGAGACGAUCGCCUCGCCGCCCGACGCAGUGCGCGCGUCCAAGUGCUUCCAGAAGGCGUUUGAGCUCGACGCGCGCGAGAACGAGGCGGCGCGGCGUCUGGCCGAGGGUUUCGCCGACGAGCGCGAGUGGGAUCUGGUCGAGGUCGUCGCGCGCCGCACCAUCGAGGGCGAAGGCGGCGGCGAGGCGCUCGAUGCCGGCAGCGGUUCUGCGUCGAGCUCGGCGUCGAUUGCGGCCUCGCGGCGCCACCUCAGCCAGAACUCGUGGGCGUGGCAGGCUAUCGGCAGCGUCGAGGUGUCGCGCAAGGCGUACGACAAGGCCAUCCUCGCCUUCCAGAUUGCGCUCCGAUCGCAGCCAGAGGCGUCGCCCAUCUGGCAGAGGCUGGGAGAGGCGUACGCGGCGGCCGGACGGCACGUCGCGGCGCUCAAGUGCUUUGACAAGUGCCUCGAGCUCAUCGACGAGCAGAACCGACGUGCGCAGGGGGGCGACGCGCCGGUCGACGACGGCUGGCAGGCUCGCUACUGCAUCGGCGACGUGCAGCGCCAGCUGGGCAACUUUGAGCUUGCCAUCGACAUCUUUGCGGCCAUCCUGCGCGAUCAUGCGGCCGAGCUCGGCGUCCGCAUCGCGCUCGCCGACACGCUCCUCAUGUCGGCGCGCAGCGAAUACCACGCGGGCUACGUCGAGCGCUCCGAGGUGUCGGCCCGCCGCGCCAUUCGCGAGGCCGGCAGGGUGCUGCUCGGCGAGGAUCAGCACCUGCGCUCGGCGUGGAAGGUUGUCGCCGACGCCGUGUUCCAUCUCAGCCGGUUCGGCCGGGUAGAUGAUGUGCAGCUGCUCUUGCUCGACGGCGACGGCGACGGCGACGGCGAGAGCGGCAGGCUCGAGGCGCUGCUGGACCUGGCGACCAAGAUGGAGACGGAUGCCAAGCUUCCCUCGAUCCAAGCCGUCACGCGACAGACGGUCGACGACGGCCUUGCCUCCCUCCUGUCCGAGGCCGCCCGCGACGACACCGGAGCGGCUUCGGCGGCGGGGUCGAGCGUUUCGCACAGCGACGUCUUCCUGGGCGUCUCUGUGUACCUCUACAAGCUGCGCGUGGUGAUCAACGCAGCGGACAGCAUCGCGGCCGGCAGCGCGUGGUGCGACCUCUCGGUCUCGCUCUACCGCCUGGCGCGCUCCCUGGCCGACGUCGACGCGGCGCGCGCCGCCAACCUCACGCGCCAGGCGAUCGGCUCGAUCAAGGAGGCGCUGCGCUGCGAGCCGGGCAACGAGUCGUUCUGGCUGGUGCUGGGCAACCUCACCUUUGCCAAGUCGCUCAAGGUGUCGCAGCACGCCUACAUCCGCGCCAUCGAGUCGGCGCCGCGCUCGGCGAUCCCCUGGACGGACCUCGGCUUCCUCUACAUGCAUCAUGGCGACGUGGCGCUGGCCAACGAGGCCUUUAUCAAGGCCCAGACGGCCGAUCCGGAUGCGGCCGAGGCGUGGGUGGGCCAGGCGCUCGUGGCGCAGCACCACGGCGAUGCGCGCGCCACGCGUGUGCUAUUCGACCACGCCGUCAAGCUGAGCCAGGGCGCGGUGCUGGAAGCCGACUACGGCUUUGGGCAGAGCGUCUUUUCCUCGUCGCCGUCGUCGCGCUCGGGCGAUACGGAGCUGCACGCGCCGUCGCGCGCACUCUCGACGUUCCUGUCGCACAACCCGACGUCGACCGACGCGCUGCACCUCUCGGCCCUGUUCUGCGAGCGGCUGGGCCAGAUGGACAUCGCCAUCGACCGCAUCCGGCGCGCGGCGGCGCUGCUCGAGGAAGAGUACGAGCGGAACGAAGACGUCGACACCGCUCGCCGGUAUGCCGUGGCGCAGGUCAACCUGGGUCGCAUCCGCCUUGCGGUCCGGGACUGCGACGGCGCCAGGGAGGCGUACGAGGGUGCGUUGGGCCUUCUCGACGUCGACGACGAGGGCGAAGAGCAGGAGGACGGCGAGGACGGCGAGUUCGCAAUGGACCUCAAGCGGACGAGGGUGAACGCCACCCUCGGGCUGGCGCUCUCGCUCUUCCAUGGCGGCGAGGCGGACGAGGCGAUCGCCAAGCUCGAGGAGCUCCUCGCCUCGCUCCCGUCCCUGGGCCUGUCGGCGGCGGUAGAGGAGGAGUGCAGCACAUCGGUGCUGACCCACCUUUCUCGACUGCUCUUCUCGACCUCGUCGAUCGACACGGCCCGAACGCGACUGCUCGAGGCGGUGAGCGACCAUCCGUCGUCGCUGGGCCUGAUCACGACGCUGGCCGCACUCGGCCUCGUCGAGUCGGACGAGGACCUGGCGUCAGCCGCCAUGUCGGAGCUGACGGGCGAAGCCAUCGUCCAGGCGGACGCGGAUCGCGCCGUUCCGCGCCUGCGUUGGUUCGACGCGAUGCAGGGCGGGAGGGAGGAAGACGCGCUCGAGGUGCUGCGGAGGGAGCACGGCGUCGAAGCCAAGCUCGAGCUCGUCGAGACUCUGCUCCGACUCGGUGGCGGCGGUAGCGAUGGCGACGGCGACGGCAGGAGGAGGGCAGAGGCACACGAGACGGCGCGCCGCUGCCUCGACGAGCUGAGGCGCGACCUCAACCCGACCGAGGCGAGGGGAACGGAACAGAAGUGGAGAGCAAGCGUGUUUGCGACGGCUGCGGCCGUUGUCCACGGUGGCCCGCCCCCCAGUGCUGAAGGGGGAGAAGGAGAGGGGGAGGCAGAGACGGAGGGAGAAGGAGCGAGACAAGAGGAGGGUGGUGGUGGUGGUGGUGGUGGGGGUGGCACGCAGGCAGGAGCGACGAUGGCAUUGCCGAGGAGCGCGCGCGAGUACGCUUCGCUCGCCGUUCUGAGCGCGCCGUGGGAGCAGCGCAACUGGCGUCUGCUCGAGUCGGUCUCCGCCGCCGCCGCCGCCGCCGCCUGA